AUAUAUAUAGAGAGGGGGAAGGCAGGCCGGGUGAUGAGUGGAACAAAAGUCCUGGGAUGGGGACAAGUUGGGAGUUUGGCCCGCACACAGGAGUUCGGUGGUCUUGGAUAUGUACCCUUUUCCUGCUGGCGGCACCUUUAACCGCCCCACAGCUGGCUGUCGGGGCGACACACGGGGAAGAAGUGACGGCUGAUUGGCUGCUCAAUGGGCGUGUCAGAAGGUCGGUGACCCUGAAGGACAAGCUGAGUCCGGAGCGGGGAGAGAUCCUGGUCUCAUCGGAAGGAAGGAGACUCAUCCUGGAAGUGGAACGCAACCGCCUCCUGCUAUCUCCCGAAUUCACCGAGACGCAUUACACCGCAGAGGGCGAGAGGGUGACGGUGACCCCCAACCACACGGAGCAUUGCUACUACCACGGCCGGGUGUGGGGGAGCGAGGAGUCCUCCGUGGCUCUCAGCACCUGUGAAGGAAUCAGUGGCCUGAUUGUCCUGGACGCCAACAACAGCUUCUACCUCCAGCCGCUGGCAGCGCCGGGCUCUGGCAGCCACGUGUUGUACCGCACAGAAGAUCUGCCCAUUAAAGGUGGGGGCUGCGGCCAUGGGGACCCCUCAUCAACUGCCACCUCUCACCUCAAUGAACUUCUAUCCCAGGCUGGCCAUCACAGGAUGAAGAGGAAUGUGUGGGGAGCGCAGAAGUUUAUGGAGCUGUAUAUAGUCGCUGACCAUUCAAUGUACAUAAAACAGAACAUGGACCUGGGGAAGACCAAACAGCGCGUCAUGGAGAUCGCCAACUUCGUAGACAAGUUCUACAUGUCGGUGAACAUCAAGGUGGCUCUGAUUGGCCUGGAGGUGUGGACGGCGGGCGACCAGUGUGUCAUUCGGAACGACGCCAACGAAAGCCUGCGCAACUUCCUGGCGUGGAAACAGAAGCUGAGGAGCAGAAAGAAGCACGACAACGCCCAACUCAUCACUGGAGCGACGUUCCAAGGAACCACCAUUGGGAUGGCCCCGCUGGAAGGGAUGUGCACAGCGGAGAACUCGGGGGGCGUCAGUAUGGAUCACUCCGAACUGGCCAUCGGUGCGGCGGCCACAAUGGCUCACGAAAUUGGACAUAAUUUCGGGAUGAGUCACGACAAAGACUACUGCUGUAAGGAAGCCACCCCGGAUCAAGGCGGGUGCAUCAUGGCCGCUGCUACAGGACAUCCCUUCCCACGUAAGUUCAGCUCAUGCAGCCAGCAGCAGCUGCGCAAUUACUUCGCCAAAGGCGGAGGGAUGUGCCUGUUCAACAUGCCCAACACAGACGAUCUGGUGAUGGGGAAGAAGUGCGGAAAUGGCUUCCUGGAGGAGGGAGAGCAAUGCGACUGCGGAGAGCCAGAGGAAUGUACCAAUCCUUGCUGCAAUGCCAAAGACUGCACCUUAAAGGAGGGGGCUCAGUGCGCACAUGGGGAAUGCUGCUACAACUGUAAGCUAAAGACAGCUGGGACUCAGUGCCGAGAUAAGUCGGGUGGCUGUGACCUGCCGGAAUUCUGCCGUGGGGACAACGCCUUCUGCCCGGCCAAUGUCUACAUGAUGGACGGCUCUUCCUGUGCCUAUGGAGAGGCGUACUGUAUGAACGGCAUGUGUCUGACCCACCAGCAGCAGUGCGUUCACCUGUGGGGCUCAGGAGCCCAACCGGCCCCCGACAUUUGCUUCGUUGAUGUGAACAAGGCCGGAGACCGAUAUGGAAACUGCGGGAAAGACGCGCAGGGCGGCAACUUUAUUAAGUGCAAACCCCAAGAUGCCAAAUGUGGCAAAAUCCAGUGCCAAAGCAGCGCUGACAAACCCAAGCAGGACAACACGGUCUCCAUGGACACCACCAUUAACAUUGAUGGGUACGAGGUGAAGUGUCGAGGUGCACAUUCCUAUUCGAUGCAGGAAGACGAAGGAGACUCCUCCGAUCCGGGCCUUGUAAUGACAGGAACCAAGUGUGGAGACGGCAUGGUGUGUGAAGAUCGCCAGUGUAAGAAUGCCUCCUUCAUCGAACUGGAGCAGUGUUUGUCUCAAUGUAAUGGACAUGGGGUGUGCAAUAGUAACAAGCACUGUCACUGUCACGCUGGUUGGGCGCCCCCCUACUGUGACAAGUCUGGCCAAGGUGGCAGCGAGGACAGUGGACCCGUACCAGACGACUUUACAGAUGGCCUCAUCGUCUUCCUGCUGCUUCUCUUUCUGGUUGUCCUCCCGUUGGUGGCCUAUGGCUUUUAUUACUGGUACCGAAAGCCCAAUUCUCAGCUCAGCAAGUGGCUGAAGAAGAGCAAAGCCAAGUGCAGGAUGGGUAACGCUCCUCGGCAGCAGCCGCCCCGCGCUCAGACCAAAACGAUCUUCACACAGCGCAGUGUUCCCCCGCCCCCGGCCCCGCCGGCCACACAGAAGAGCUCCUGGAGCGUCUUCAAUGGAAAAAGCAAUGUGUCAACAAGCAGUUCGCAACCGGUCAACAUCGUGCGCCCUCUACACCCGCCCUCCAGCCAGACCACCAAAUCCUUCAUACAGCUGAAGCCAUCCAGACCACCUCCACCAGCCAAAUCAUCUCCCAUCAUUCAAGGAAAACAUGAGAGCCAGCUCAGCAAGCUUCUACCUCCAAAGAAACCACUCCCCACCUGCCCUGUCCGCACUCCGCAGCUGAAUCCUCCUCGGAAGCCAUUGCCUGGAAACCCAAUCCAGAAGAAGGACUGUUUACUUGUGAUGACACCAGCCAACACCAGACCCCACAUCACUGAAUCCACCACCCAACCUAAAGGACACCACCGGCCAAAGCCAGGAAGCAAAGUUCAAGCAGCGGCAGCAGCGUUCCUCCAGAAACAAUGACAUGCGAGGUUCUUGUAGUGAUUUGCUCCACCAAGGGCCAGGAGGAACAACGUCCUGACAUUUGCACUAUUAGGAUGAGAUUACCCCUUCAGAUCCUUGAAUGACAUGUUCUCAGACUGGGUGGACAUUGCUGAGAGAAUAGAGAAGAAGUGACUACCUUCAGACAGCUAAGCCCACGAUGUGGUUCACCGCACUGAGAGGAACCUCACAAGCCCGUGGUCUUCCUGGCUUUCUCAGUCACCUCUGUAAUAAUAGCACUGAACCCUGGGAUAAUGUCUUCAGACCUGACUUAUGGAAGGAUAUCGUGAUGGGUUGUCUGUCGUACUGGACGUUUUCUAGGAGGAAACAUCUCCUUCUUCUGCGAAAAAGUUUUGUUCCCGAUAAUCAACCUAGACUUAUGGGAUCACUGAUGAGAUCUUACAGAAUUCUUGGCGUGUCCUUGUGACCAAGAAAAUGAACAUUCCCUUCUUUCAUAAGGCCUUAUUUCAGAAUACACAUUAUUGAAUGCCAGUUAUGCCUUGCAACCAUUGACCAUGGUUAUUGUCUUGUUUAAUACCUUCAUCAUUUCCUAUUAGAAUUAUACUCUGGUCUGGUCAUGGUAUAGCUAGUAGUAGUCACUCACGCUCUACUAAACUUCUGUCAUCCUGAAGAUGUUUCACGACUCGUACAUACAAGCUUUGUUGGAUGAGUAGCUAAAUGUCCUCAACAUUUCAGAACAAGUCUAGUUGUAUGUGACUAACUACUACUAGGUGUCCCUCAAAACUUCACCCCAUUGCCCAACAAA